GCAAAACCUCACUGAGGUUUGACUCGAUAUAGUCAUCUACCGAUGAAAACUCGUUAAAACUACCGGUAGACUCUUUAAAUAGCAAAUACAUUUUUCUGUUGAGAAGCCGUUAAACCGUCGGGAACCGGAACGGAGACAUACGGGACAUGAAAAGGCUUUAGGGCGAACAGUAACUUCAACUUCGGUGAUGGAAACGCUCUGAGGGAGACAGCGGGAAAAUCCUCACCCUUCAUCCCUUCCUCAGAAAGACGCACAGAUGUUUUCACUCGGACAGGAAAACAUCUCCACCUCCCCCGCCUCCACCAAAGGACCGGUCAAAUAUGGAGAGCUCAUUGUGCUGGGGUGUAACGGCUCUCUGCCCAACGGCGACAAGGGGAGGAGGAAGAGCCGCUUCGCUCUGUGCCGCAGAAACAAAGCCAACGGUGUGAAGCCCAGCACCGUCCACACGUCCUGCACGCCGCAGGCCGCCAAGGCCGUCAGCAACAAGGAGCAGCACAGUAUAUCAUACACUCUGUCCCGGGCGCAGACGGUGGUGGUGGAGUACAACCACGACAGCAACACAGACAUGUUCCAGAUCGGGCGCUCCACAGAGAAUCCCAUUGACUUUGUGGUGACGGACAUGGUUCCUGGGGGUCAGGGUCCCGCCGACAGUCAGACGAUCCAGAGCACAAUUUCACGCUUCGCCUGCCGCAUCAUCUGCCAGAGAAACCCGCCGUACUCCGCUCGGAUCUACGCUGCGGGCUUCGACUCCUCCAAGAACAUCUUCCUCGGGGAGAAGGCAGCCAAGUGGAGGAUGCAGGACGGCCAGAUGGACGGACUGACCACCAACGGCGUCCUGGUGAUGCACCCGCGCCACGGCUUCAGCCAGGACUCCAAACCCGGCCUGUGGAGGGAAAUCUCCGUCUGCGGCAACGUCUUCACACUGCGGGAGACCAGAUCGUCCCAGCAGAGAGGCAAGAUGGUGUCCUCCGAGUCUAACGAGCUGGUGGACGGCUCGCUCAUCGACCUGUGCGGGACCACGCUGCUGUGGCGGACCGCCGAGGGCCUGGCGCACACUCCCACCGUCAAACACCUGGAGGCGCUGCGGCAGGAGCUGAACGCCGGGCGGCCGCAGUGUCCCGUGGGCUUCAACACGCUGGCCUUCCCCAGCCUGCGCCGCAAAGACGUCCUCGACGAGAAGCAGCCCUGGGCGUACAUGCGCUGCGGCCACGUGCACGGCUACCACGGCUGGGGGGGGCGCCGCGACCCCGAGGUAGAGGCGGAGUGUCAGGAAAGAGAGUGCCCCAUGUGCCGGGCCCGGGGCCCCUACGUGCCGCUGUGGCUGGGCUGCGAGGCGGCCUUCUAUGUGGACGCGGAGCCCCCCACCCACGCCUUCGCGCCCUGCGGUCACGUCUGCUCGGAGAAGACGACGGCGUACUGGAGUCAGAUCCUGCUGCCGCACGGCACGCACGCCUUCCACGCCGCCUGCCCGUUCUGCAUCCAGCCGCUGAACGGAGACGCCGGCUGCGUCAGACUCAUCUUCCAAAGCCCGCUGGACUAGAGACUGACGCCUUCACCAGCAGACGUCUGGACACAACCACGUGUUUUUAGUUUUAGAUUUUUCGUAAUUUAAUUUUGAUAAUAAACUUAAUUUAACUUAAUUUUACAGAUAAAAACAUUUAUUGAGGUGAUUUCUGCUCUUUUUUGAACAUCAUGUGAUUCAGGCGGCGUCGCCACCUCUGGACACAGCUGCAGAAAAACUGCCUGGUUAAACUGAUGAUGUUUGAUUUGCCUACAACUUUCUUAUUUAUUCUUUACGACGGAGUAUUAGGGCCUCACCCUGGGAAAACAUCUGAGAAUAAAAUCAUAAUAUUACAAGAAUAAAGUUGUAAUUUCAGGUUCUUUGUGACUCAAAUUAUGGUUUUAUUCUCAUUAUGACUUUUUUUCUUGUAAUAUUCCGACUUUAUUCUUCAGAUUCUUUUUUUUCCUUAACGUGUCCCUAAUCCUCCGUCGUAAUUCUUUGCGUGUAACGUCUCUUUUUGUUAAACCAGUGCAGCCUUGAACAGCUCCUCAUGGAGUCCAGCGCUCGUGUCCCAGUUUGUAGAUUUGGAAGCUGUUUGUCUGUAUCUGAACUUCUGAAAUCAAGUGACCUUCCUCAGUCACGUCGUUGCCUGUGAAGACACAUUAACUGUAUUUUAAUGAUCUUAAUAUAUCAUAGCUUUAUAUCAUAACUUAAGGAAACUAUAUCUGGGAAACUUUAGCAGUUGCUGUCCUGUGACUUGAAACAUCUAGAAUGAACAUUUGUAAUGUUGGGGUUUUUUUUUUUCCACCAAAAUAAAAGUCUCCUACUGACAUGACUGUAAACCACCUGGUUGUCACAGGAGGAACGAACACUGUGGUAUUAGAUGAUGCAUCAACUCCAAAGUGCUCUUAAAGGAAUAUUUCACCCCAAAAUGAAAACUCACAUUUACACAGAAAAUAUAUGUAAACUCAAAAAUAAAACUCCAGACCAGAUUACCGUGAGGUUAUGGAGAUGAAUACAGACUUCUCCUCUAGCGCCACCAUGAGGCCAAACCUCAUAUCACCAUGGUGAUGAGAAAUACAGAAAUUUAUCUGGUAGUUUCCUUCAAAUUUCCCGCUCCCGAGAUGAUGAACAGUUUAGAGUUUAAUGACCUUGUUUAAGUAGCUCUAUUUCUAAUUCUGAAACCAUUAGUUUGUUGACUUCCGCUCUCCUUGGAGCUGUGAGCAGAGAAGCAUCUGUUCGGACAGCUGACGUGAGGCCAAAGCAGCCAGCGUUGGUUAAUAAGUAAAUUUUGGGGUGGACUAUGUCCUUCAGUCAAACCAGUAAAACCUCAGCUGCUCUCAGAUGCAUCAGAAACCUGCAGGAGGAGAACUGUAGAACUGAAAGUGUCAACAAAACAAACCAACAGCUGAUGAUGAGUUCACUGACCCACACUGACUCAUCUCAUGUUUCAUAAUGAAAGUGUCUUUGUGUUUUUUUCACCAUUCCUAUGUUUUGUGUUGCAGUGAGAGCUGUGCCGUCGCACUGCAAACAUUUUGUACCAGCCGCAAAUAAUAAAAGUAAAA